AUGGAACCCCAACACCCAAACAGGGACGAACUCCGAGAGCAGGCGGCCACGGGGCGACCCAUUACUCAGACUGAAGCUUCAACUAUCGCAUCUGAGGAGACAGAUAUGACUGGAUUCGGACCCAUCAAGGGAGGCGCCGCCGCCACAGCACAAAGUCUACACGAUAAGCAGCAAAACUUUGUAGCGACAGCAGGAGAUGUUGCACGAAAGCCGGCCAAUGAGAUCACUAAGGAGGACGCCGCACACGUACAGAGUGCAGAGGCGCGUGUGUUGGGAGGACGGCCACCAAAGGGGUCCACGUCGGCCGACGUCCAGUCUAUCGCAGAUGAGAACGCGAAAGCCAAGGGAUCAUAG